AUGGCGACCGCGCGCGUGAUGGUCGCCGACCGCGCGCGCGCGUUCGGGGGGACCACGGCGACGCGCGCGCGAAGGGACGACCAGGGGCGACGGGUGACGAUUGCGAGGGGGAUCCCAUCGCGCGCGCGCGUCGUCGUCGCGCGCGCGUCGGAGCGGGCGUACGCGGAGCUCGGGAACGUGUGUGCGGUGCUCGGAAGCCAGUGGGGCGACGAGGGCAAGGGGAAGUUGGUGGAUAUUUUGGCGCGGGAGUACGACGUCGUGGCUCGAUGCCAGGGCGGGGCGAACGCCGGGCACACUAUUUACGAUGAUAAUGGGAAGAAGUACGCCCUGCAUCUCGUUCCGAGCGGGAUUUUGAAUGAGAACGCCACGUGCGUCGUCGGGAACGGCGUCGUGGUGCACCUGCCGGGGAUGUUCGAAGAGAUUGAUAAACUCUUGCAGGCGGGUGUGGACGCUCGCGGGCGCAUGAUCGUGUCCGAUCGCGCGCACUUGUUGUUCGACCUACACAAGGAGAUCGAUGGCCUGCGCGAGGAGGAGUUGAGUGGGAACAAAAUCGGCACGACGAAGCGCGGCAUCGGCCCAGCGUACGCGAGCAAGGCGACGCGCAACGGUGUUCGAUUGGGGGACAUUCGCGAUGAAGAGAGAUUCGCGACGAUGCUCAGAGCGCUCGCAGCCGACGCCGCGGCGCGGUUCGAAGGGUUUCAGUACGACGUCGAGGCGGAGAUUGUGCGGUACAAGGAAAUCGCCGAGCGCAUUGAACCCUUCAUUGCGGACACAGUGGAGUACAUCAACGAAGCGCACGACAGCGGGAAGAAGAUCUUGGUCGAGGGCGCGAACGCGACGAUGCUCGAUUUGGACUUCGGGACGUACCCGUUCGUGACGUCGUCCAACCCGGCUCUCGGCGGUGUUUGCAACGGUCUCGGUUUGGCGCCGAGAAAGUUUAAAACCAUCAUCGGCGUCGCCAAGGCCUACACGACGCGAGUCGGCGCCGGCCCGUACCCAACCGAGCUCUUCGGCGACGUCGCCGAUAAGCUUCGGGAGUUGGGUUACGAGUACGGUACCACCACGGGACGUCCGAGAAGAAUUGGCUGGCUUGACAUGGUUGCGUUGAACUACGCCAACCUGAUCAACGGCUUCACGCACUUGAACAUCACCAAGCUCGACGUCCUGAGCGAAAUGGACGAGCUCAAGAUCGGCGUCGCGUACAAGCUUCCCAACGGUAAGACCACGAAGUCUUUCCCGGCCGACAUCGCAACGUUGGAAAAGGUGGAAACGGUAUACGAAACCCUCCCCGGCUGGAAGGAGGACAUCUCCAAGGUUCGCACCUGGGACGACCUCCCGGAGAACGCCAAAAAGUACGUCCUCCGCGUCGAAGAGCUCGCCGGUGUUGAAUGCAAGUUCAUCGGCGUCGGACCGGGUCGGGACGCCAUGGUGAUCAAGCCUUAG